AUGAAACUCGGUGAAGUUGUGACAACAAUACCAACGAUUGGUUUUAAUGUUGAAACAGUUGAAUAUAAAAAUGUUGCCAUUACAGUUUGGGAUGUUGGUGGUCGUGACAAAAUUCGACCUCUAUGGCGACACUAUUAUCAAAAUACACAAGCCUUUGUCUUUGUAGUCGAUUCGAAUGAUCGAGAACGAAUAAGUAAUGCUUCUGAACAGCUACAUACCAUGAUUAAUGAAGAGGAACUUCUUAAGAUACCCGUCCUCAUAUUGGCUAAUAAACAAGAUUUGCCGAAUGCAAUGUCGACAAGUGAAUUAACUGAUAAGCUUGAUUUGGAAAAAUUAAGCUGUGACAGAAAAUGGUACAUACAACCGACAGUAGCCACUCAAAAUCAAGGUCUUCGCGAAGGUUUUGAAUGGUUGGCAGAAACAUUGGUGACGAAAAAAGUUGACAUGUUGGAACCACUUACAGAAACAAUAAAAGAUUGGAAAACAAUGAAAGACGAUAUUCUAUCAAUGUUUCAUUCGAUUGGUCUAAAAUCAUUUUCCUCUCAUUUUAUUCAAAAUUAA